UUUUUAGUGUCUUUGCUAGCUGCCCUGAGCUCCUUCUGGGAAGAAGGGCAGGAUAUAAAUGUAUUAAUCAUUAAUCUUUAAUUUUUAAAUUAUUAUCCUCCCCCACAGCAUCUCCAGGGAGGGAACCCUGGACCGCCAUUGCCAAUCAGUGCAGACACUAUUGAGCUAGAUGGACCCAACGGUCUGACUCGGGUGUGCUUUCCUAACCUACUGCGCCCGAGAUUCUGCCAUCAAAGCUCAGACAGCACUGCAUGAACAGAAGACUCUCCCUGGGAUGGCCCGUCCGAUCCAGGUGAAGCCCGCAGACAGCGAAAGUCGUGGAGGUAGGGACAGGAAGCUCUUUGUGGGAAUGUUGAACAAGCAGCAAUCGGAAGAAGACAUUCUCCACCUCUUUGAACCGUUUGGGGUCAUCGACGAAUGCACUGUGCUCAGAGGACCAGACGGAAACAGCAAAGGCUGUGCAUUUGUUAAAUUCUCCUCUCACAUGGAGGCCCAAGCAGCGAUCCACGCCCUCCACGGCAGCCAAACUAUGCCUGGUGCCUCCUCCAGCCUCGUGGUGAAAUUCGCGGACACAGACAAGGAACGGACGCUGCGCCGGAUGCAACAGAUGGUGGGUCAGCUGGGGAUACUCACGCCGUCGUUCGCGUUGCCGUUCAGCCCGUACAGUGCAUACGCUCAGGCUCUGAUGCAGCAGCAAACCGUCCUCUCGGCGUCUCACGGAGGCUUUGUGAGCCCAGCUCUCACCUUUUCUCCGUGCCAUAUCCAGCAAAUCGGGACCGUCAGCUUAAAUGGCUUGCCAGCCACUCCUAUUGCACAAACCUCAGGGCUGCACUCUCCUCCUCUCUUGGGCCCAGCCACUGUCCCAGGGCUGGUCACGCCCAUUGCCAACAGCUUCGCCGGAGUGGUCCCUAUCUCCAACAGCCAUCCCACCCUGGAGGCGGUUUACGCCAAUGGGCUUGUGCCCUGCACAGCCCAGAACCCAUCGGUAGCAGAGAGUCUCCACCCAGCCUUCGCUGGAGUCCAGCAGUAUGCAGCUGUCUACCCGGCCACCACCACGAUCACUCCGGUAGCUCAACCACUUCCGCAGGCGCUUCCGAUCAUUCAGCAACAGCAGCGAGAGGGCCCGGAAGGAUGCAAUCUCUUUAUCUACCACCUCCCUCAGGAGUUUGGCGACAAUGAGCUCAUGCAAAUGUUCCUCCCCUUUGGGAAUAUCAUCUCCUCCAAAGUCUUCAUGGACCGGGCCACGAACCAGAGCAAAUGUUUCGGUUUUGUGAGUUUCGACAACCCUUCCAGUGCCCACACAGCCAUCCAGGCUAUGAAUGGAUUCCAGAUUGGCAUGAAAAGGUUGAAGGUGCAAUUGAAACGACCCAAGGAUGCCAGCCACCCAUACUGAAAUGUGUGUAUUUCUCAUGGAACUGAUGGUCUGAUAGGUGAAGAGAAACAACCCUCAUCCCGUUGAUUUCUUUCUUUUGGUUUAAAUAAAAGAUUUCCAGAACAAUUCCGCACCUUCCAUGGGUGGAGUAGGAAAAACUUCAUAACAGCAACACCAACUGACGUCUGUCGCUAUUACGACCACAUCCCCUUUUCGCUCGGUCCACCGGAAAGGAUUCAGAGGGUGCAAAAAGACAGGGGCCGUUCAGCACCACAGAGAGCUCCUUCCCAGUUUGUAACGGAGAGUGUGUGCACCAUUCCUACGACUCCCCUGUCAAUGCAAAGGCCGGCUUUUCUAAUUUAAAUCGUGCGUAUGUAAAUAGAAAGAGAGACAGAUAUAUAUAAAUAUAUAUAUUACAGCAACUCUAUUUUUUUUAAAACGUUUUGAAGAAGAAGAAGAGGGGGUGAAAAAUCGCAGGACCAAACCGUUCUUCGGCGGGCAGCCGAGGGUGAGCAGACAACAGAUAGUGCCUGAUUCUUGAAUGACGUUGGGAAGGGCCUGGUUUUCCACGAGUGUUUUGGUUGGAAAGAGGAAGGGUGUUUUUUUUUUGCGGUGCUCCCGUCACAGGGGGGGACAGGAGUGCAGCCAAACCCAGGCCUCAUUCUCCAGGUGUGGAAGGAUAAACUGUUAAGACCCCAGGCCUGGUUUCGACAGCUCGCAGAUAGGGACAGGUACAUGAAGUGCCUUCGUGCCAGCAGCAGCAUCGCGGCUAUGCCGAAUCGGAAGGAGAAGAAAACAAGAAAAAAGGAGUGUGGGGGAAAGGCCUCUUCUUCUCAACAGCCAAAUAUUCCUGAUCAAAUGGAGGGCUAACUGUUAAGAAAAACAAAAACUUUCAGCCUACAAGAAAAGAAACUGAUCAAUAAGGGUUACAACACUGCCUCUCCAGCAACACAAAGACUUGAAUUCUUUUUUUUUGACUGUUCUACAGAUAUCUGAUGUUUUGUGCGUGUGUGUGUGCGUGAACUUGCUAACCCAAGAAGGAUGCAAGCAAAAUAUUAUUCCAGAAGAGUUCUCUCUUCAGCGGACAAAUCGACUAGUAUGCAACAGAUAUUUAUGUGUGUGUGUGUGUGUUGGAUACAUAUAUACACAGCUUAGACUUUGCACAGCCUAAAGGUCCAGCUGCUUAUUUUGAAACUGGUGGUCCAAAGUUUUCAGGCCUCUCCCUAGCAAAUAGCACGCUGCCUUCCUCAUGUGGGAAUCUGGCCCCGCUCCCCAAUAUUCCACUCCCCGUGCAUCCUCCCUCAACCCUCCCAUUCCAAUCCUACCUCCUGUUAUUUUACCUCCUUAGGAGCACACAGACCCCUUCCCCCACUCUGCAAACAGAGCAUAUAACCCCAGUCCUGUCCCAGUUAUGCUGACUGCCUGUACGCUUCCGCGCCCAAUUCAAAGUGCUGGUUUUGACCUAUAAAGCUCUUUAUGGCUGAGGACCCCAAGAUCUUCUGGAAUGCCUCUCCUGAUAUGAACUUCUCCAGAUCCUUAGAUUUUCUUCUGAGGUCCUUCUUCAGGUCCCCCCUCUGAGGGAGGCUCGGAGGGUGGCGACCAGGGAGAGGGCCUUUUUGGUGAUGACUCCCCGUCUGCAAAAUGCACUCCCCAGUGAGGUCCUCCUGGUGCCUUCAUUGACUUCUUUUCGGCGCCAGGUAAAGACAUACCAUUUCCCCCAGGUAGACUGAGAUGCUGCUGCCUUUUCUUACUAUGCUGACAAUGCUUCCUGUGGAUACACGGGGUGUGUGUGUUGUUUCAUUGUUUUGUUUUGACA